AUGCUCCUUCUAGCUGUAUUCAUAGUUAUCAUAACUCAAUGUUUGGUUUAUUCUUCAGCAGAGCUUCAAUUGUUUGAGCAUGCACCUAAAUCAGAUGGGUCUCUAAGGUUCUUGGUAAUUGGAGAUUGGGGAAGAAGAGGAGCUUACAACCAAUCUCAAGUUGCAGUUCAGGUAUUGUUUGAAGGAUUAAUUUGGGAAGCUUAA